UGGCAGGACUCUUCAAACAAACAGAAAAAUUAUUCAGUGGGAGAAAAAGUGAACCAAAUUAAGAAUCAAAGAGAUAACAAUUAUAUGGGUAGGUAAUGACAAAAAAUGAACAAACAUUCACACAGUAACUAAUGCCUGUUCAAAUUGUAUAAUUUGAAGUGUCUCAAGCAAGCAAGAGACAAUAGAAUAAAUUUUAAAAAGAGCCAAGGAAGUUGUCUGCCCUCUUGUGGGAUACUUCUUCAUGUCUUUUUUUUUCUAUUCUUUUUUUUUCUGUGGUGAAGGACAAGUUAUAUAAGGUGCCUCACUGACUCCAGCCACUCCAGUUUGUCUCAGCACAGCUUCCAACACAGGCCUAUGGAAAAUGUCUUCCUUGCCUAUUGGUUACUUGACUAGAAAAGAAAUUAUCAGUGCUUGUCAUCGCUUACACAGUCCUCUGCUUAGUGAUGAGCAGAACAAGAAAACGUAUGGGGCAGGCAACAAUUUUCAUGGCCAAGGGCACAACUACGUUAUUGAGGUGACUCUCCGAGGACCCAUUGACAGAGCCACAGGAAUGGUAAUGAACAUCAAUGAUCUGAAAAUUUACAUGAAGAAGGCUAUAAUGGACACGAUUGACCACAAGAAUAUAGAUAAGGAUGUGCCAUACUUUAAGGAUGUUGUCAGCACUGCAGAGAAUGUAGCAGUGUUUAUUUGGGAUGGAAUAAAGGCUCAACUCGCUCAACCUGAAAUUUUAUAUGAAGUCAAGGUCCUUGAAACUGAGAGGAACAUAGUUCGCUUCCGUGGAGAGUUCACGAACUAAAGAACUACGAUUAAAGGAAUGUAAAGUUCAUCAUUUUAAAAAGUAUACCCUGCUUGUGUUAAUUAAAAGGCUAAGGAUGAAUAAAAAAAUUCCAGAGAGACAAAAA